AACGUAUUUGCAUUCAAUUUGUUCAGUUUACAACACAAUUGCCAUAACGACGGAAUAAAUAAGUGUACCGUGCUAAAGCUGUUCGAAUGAUGUCGUUUUCAUAAGUAAAUGUCCAAGUAAAUUGAAAAAUUUGUGAGUAGAGUGUGAAUAAGAUCUAUUCUUCGAUAAUAAGUAUUUACCAAAAAAAAAAUCACAUGUUGUUAAAUGAGUUCAUGGUUAGCACUGGGCAAAUAAGAACAACAUCAAAGUUCGGUAAUAGCAAUAAGAAAAGGGAAAAAAUCAAUUGAAAUGACGCAUUGAUAAGAAAAUGUGAAAGACUUUUAGUGUGUGCAUCGGGCAAACGGUCAUCGAAAUUAGCCUAUAAAACGAACGAAAAAACACAAAAAAAUGAUAGUGCUUGAAGGAAGUUUGGGACUGUAAAUUUUUUGGAUUUUCAAACAGUAUCGAAAUGAAUCGCUACGUAAUAUUAUCGCCAUUAGGUGAUGGAACGUAUGGCACGGUGAUGCUUGGCCAACGCAAAGAUACUGGCGAAAAAGUGGCGAUAAAACGAAUGAAGCGAAAGUAUUAUUCAUGGGAUGAAGCAAUGAGCUUGAGAGAAGUUAAGUCCUUGAAAAAACUUUCACAUGCCAAUAUAAUUAAACUGAAAGAGGUUAUACGGGAAAAUGAUAUUUUAUACUUUGUAUUCGAGCAUAUGAAGGAGAAUUUAUAUCAAUUGAUUAAAGAACGUGACUCACAUUUUCCCGAAGGAGCCAUUCGUAAUAUUAUGUUUCAGGUAUUAAGUGGACUCGCAUUUAUGCACCGCCAUGGUUUUUUUCAUCGGGAUCUAAAACCCGAAAAUCUUCUAUGCUGUGGCCCAGAACUGAUUAAAAUUGCCGAUUUUGGCUUGGCCCGGGAAAUCCGCUCUCGCCCACCAUACACCGAUUACGUUUCGACUAGAUGGUAUAGAGCUCCAGAAGUUUUAUUACACUCAACUCGAUAUGGCAGUGGAAUAGAUAUGUGGGCGAUGGGUUGCAUUCUGGCUGAAUUGUAUACAUUUCGACCUCUAUUUCCUGGUAGCAGUGAGGUUGAUCAACUUUUUAAAAUUUGUUCCGUCUUGGGAACGCCAGAAAAGACUAAUUGGCCAGAUGGUUAUCGAUUGGCAACGGCUAUACAGUUUCGUUUCCCUGAGUGUCAAAAAGUUGAUUUUGCGGCUUUAAUUCCACGAGCAACUGAAUCUGGUUUACAAUUGCUCAACGAAUUUCUGUACUGGGACUCCGAAAAGCGGCCUAGCGCUCAACAAGCAUUGAAAUAUACGUUUUUUCAAAUAACUAAACGUGGAUCGACAGAUGCGAUUCACGUUCCAACAAUAUUAUUAGCAAAGCAUCAGCAGCAGCAGCAGCUAUUUGGCCGAAAUCAAAACUAUAUUGACGAUCACAUAUCAUCGUUGAAUGACGCCGAACGCUAUUCAAAAGACAGCGAUACUUCGUAUAGAUACAUUGAUCAAUAUAAUACACAUUAUCGGCAUGCAAACGGCAUAAAACCACCGAUGAAUAAUGUAAACAAUAAAAGUGCGGAACUAUCACCGAAACGAAAUAAACCUGAAAAUGGUACAAAUGUUGACCAAAACUAUUUUAAUUCAUCAUUAAAUAAUAAUAAUUAUCAGACAAAAGUGCUAACAGACACCGUAGGUAGUAAUCGUCAAAAUCCGUUUACAAGCAAUACAAGUGAUACGGGCUUUUCAUCUAUAAUAACAACACGAAAUUCGGAAAACUCAUCAAUAGCUCAACCAAAUCAUAAUGACACGACUCUAUUGAAUGGUUCGACAUUUAAUUAUACAAAAAAUAAUGAAAAUCGCCUCAAAGACCAUAUGAAUGACGGAACUCAACGUCGAAACAGCCGAAAUAUUGACCAAAAUACAUAUCUCAGUGAGAAAAUCAGUGAUAUUUAUGUAAAUCGAAAUAUUGGCAAACUGUACGAUAAUGUGGUGCGAGGCAGUAUAUACAAUAACAAAUUGUAUAAUGGAGGUGAUGAUGAAAAUGAGGAGAACAGCAGGCGGCCUCAAGAUUUCAUCUAUAAAAACAAGACAUUCUUCUUGCAUGACAACAAUUCGAAUAAUUUUAAUGGAAUUCAAGAUUCCAAAAUUUAUAAUAUAUUUUCAAAACAACAACAGCAACAACGAAUUGUUCAGCAAAAAAUGUCAGACCCAAAGGAAGAUGACGAAGAAAAUAGCUAUUUGUUGGUGAAAAUGACAGAUAGCGCGAAAAAAUCACAACGAAAAAGUAUCAGCAUUAUCAGAGAUCAGGAAAUAUUUGAAGACAAGGAACUUGAUAAAUUGUUGGGUACCAAAGUGAGAUCAUCCAAACCUCGAACAGAUUCCCUGGCCACGUUACACUUAGAGGAUUUAUUUGGUCCGAUUUCAAUAAAUAGCCGAGAAAAUUCCACAAAAUUUUAUCCAAAUACUGUUCCGCAACCGAAAAUGUCGUCGAUGAAAACAUUUGGAUCGAAAAACGAUGACUUAUAUGAAGACAAAAUCAAACUUACCGCUUUUUCUUCCGCACAUGUAGGCAAGAAUCGUAGAAGAUCCUUAAGAGACCACGAAUCCGAUACCACUAAAAUGAAUGGAAAUUUCAUAAAUGGUUCGAUGAACGGAAAUACAUGGCAUGAAUCGAAAAGUAUGGAUCGAAUUCACGCAUGGCUAGCGGAUAAAGAUCUAUUUUCAGUACAUCAAAAAACCAAGGAAACAUUCUAAACGAUACCUGGAAAUAGAUUGACAUAGUUAAGUUUAGUUAACCAUUAUACUUGAAAUUGCAACAUUUUGAAUAUACUCUCACAAUUGUUGUUAAUGAAAUAAAUUUAAUUAAUUUUAUGUGAAAA